UUGGACGGUCACGGGCGGCAUAACGGCACAUCAGAGAAAGAGCAGCGAUUCGCACACUUACACACACACACACACAGACACUCAGAGGCCGCCAUGAACAAAUAUGCAUUUUCGAUCGUCUGCCUGUUGGCCGCACUCGGAGCGGUAUUCUUGGAGACUCAGGCAAGUCCAGCCGGUGGUUCGGUCAACAUGAGCCAGUUGGAUGGUCUCAAGUCACAGUUCCUGCCUCCGGAAUAUCGCAACACAAACAUCAGUAUAGAGGACAUCAAACGCAUCUAUAGGGAGAAGUGCAAGAAGGUGAGCGGCGUCGAAAACUCCACACUGUAUCGGGAGAUCGAGAAGGGUGCUGAAAAGCUGAGCGUGUGUCUCUCAUCGCUGGCCAAUCUGACGGCGCUGCAGGCUGAGAUGGAUGCGGCACGUCCCAUUGGCGAGCUGGACACCGUGUUCAGCAAGUAUUGCAAGAAGGCGCCGGAGGCGGAGGCGUGUGUGCGAGAGUUCAGCGCCCUCCUACAGCCAUGCCUUACCAAGGAGGAGCAACAGCAGCAGACGGUGAUGAUGCGCAUUGGUGCCACACUGCUCGGCUUCGCCUGCACCCGUGGUGGGGAUCAGUUGGCGUUGUUUGUGGCCGAGCAGGGUCCCGAGUGCCUGGAGGCGAACAAGGAGGCUAUUAGCCACUGUCUGAACAGAUCGUUCCAUCAGUAUCUGCCCAAGGAUGGCAGCGUGCCCGAUCUGCUCAGCCGCCCAGAAUUGCUCUUCUCCCCCACCCAUUGUGUGGAUCUGCAGAGCUUUGAGGGCUGUGUGGUGCACCAUCUGGAGCAGUGCACGGAAAUAACGCCCGCCAACAUUGUGCAGUCGGUGUUCCGGGUCGUGAAGAAUGAAACCAAUUGCCAGGCCUGGAUAAAUGCCCGCGCCAACGAGCGUCCAGUCCUGCUGGCAGCCUCUGGGAACAGCACUGGCGGUGGUGCCGCAAGCCUGGCCAGCACGCUGCUCGGCACAGUAGCCCUGGCGCUGGGCGCGAUUAUAUUGCGAGUGUAGACAGUGGUCAACGGUCAUAAAUGAUGAAGCAGCUAUCGUAGGUUCGAUAAAAUGUUUAUAGUAUUUCGUUCAUAUAUAGUAUGUAUAGUUGUUUUUUUUUUUUUUGUUUUUUCUUGAGAUAAGACCAAGGUCCCUUGCCUUAGUGAUAUGCAUAGAGCGGCGGCAUUUCUGUGUGUUUUUUUUUUGUUUGUUUUAUUAUUGUAGCUAAUGAACAAAUUGAAUAUUGUGCUGUACACCUGUAGUUACAACUCGUCAAUUUAUUACUGCGAAUACGAAAAUAAAGAAAGAUAACCCAACUCAGGAA